AUGGUUUUGGAGCUCGCCGCGCCCGCCGGUGCAGGCCCUGCGCUCCAGCGCUGCAUCCCGCACAUCCAGCGGGUUUUCCGAGUCAAAGUGAGCUGCAGCACCGCCGAGUCCAGCUGCGACAACCCCGACGCCAGCUCCAGUAUUAUUGUAAACAUCGAGGACGGCAAGGAAGAAGAUUGCACUAAAGCUAAAGACUACAUUGUGUCCCUGAUCAGUCCUGUACAUAAGCACAGAGAGCGUUUGACGCUUUGGCUUCAGCGGCGUCUACAUUCCCUACGUGCAGCUAUUGAGUAUGAAAGUUGCGCCGUGGUGCAGGUGAGGGACCAUGCACUGGAGCUUCAGGGAGGUCAUGCGCAGGUAACGGCUGCAUGCGCUAUGCUGCAGCGCCUCAAGAUGGAGCACCGCGGCUGCCGCGACCCCCAGCCCUCGCCUGCCGUUGCCGGUCACGACACUCCAGAAGAAGAGGAAGAGGAGGACGAAGAAGCUGGAGAAGAGGGAAGCAGUUCGGAGAGUGAAGGAGAAGCAAGGCAACAGAGUGGGGAUUCGAGCGGAGGGUUCGGCACAGCAGGGUCAGGAGAAGGAGGAACAGGAAGGAGACGAGAUCCGCUCAUCGCAACCAAACCUCACCGACAGCUAUGUCGCUCACCCUGUUUGGACCGCCCUAGCUUCAGCCAGAGCAGCACCUUCCAGGAGUUACGCUCGGAUGACACGCGCAGCGAACCCUCGCAGAAGGCGCCCUCACUCGCACCAUUUACAUCUGCAGCCCCGCCAUCUUCACGACAAACCAGCGAUCGAGACUACCAAACCAAAAUGGACUUUGCUCUGAAACUCGGCUACUCUGGAGAUCAGGUAGAGUCUGUGCUGGGUAAACUGGGGUCCAGUGCAUUAAUCAAUGAUGUGUUGGCCGAACUGGUGCGGCUGGGGAAUAAAGGAGAACCAGAGAGCCAGGGAGGAGCGGGCACUGCCAGUUUAGUACCGCGGUCAACGGGAGCCAAAGAAGCGGUGAGCCCUGAGGCAUCGCUGGAGGAGGACACACCCGACACGUAUGACAACCUCAGACCAAUUGUGAUUGAUGGAUCCAAUGUUGCCAUGAGCCAUGGAAACAAAGAGGUGUUCUCAUGCCUGGGCAUCCAACUGGCUGUUGAUUGGUUCCUGGAGAAGGGCCACAAAGACAUCACAGUCUUCGUCCCAGCAUGGCGGAAAGAACAGUCAAGACCUGACGCACCUAUCAAAGAUCAGGAGAUCCUACGGAAGUUAGAGAAGGAAAAGAUCCUGGUAUUCACUCCGUCUCGCAGAGUCCAGGGCCGACGAGUGGUUUGCUACGACGACCGCUUCAUUGUUAAGCUAGCCUGCGAUUCGGAUGGCAUCAUUGUGUCCAAUGAUAACUACAGAGACCUGCAGAACGAAAAGCCGGAGUGGAAGAAAUUUAUAGAGGAGCGACUUCUUAUGUACAGCUUCGUCAACGACAAGUUCAUGCCUCCUGACGAUCCUUUAGGCAGACACGGACCCAGUCUGGAAAAUUUCCUUCGCAAGCGACCAGUCGUUCCAGAACAUAAGAAGCAGCCGUGUCCUUAUGGUCAGUACAGCAAAAGUAAAAAGUGCACAUAUGGUCACAAGUGUAAGUACUACCAUCCUGAGAGAGCCAAUCAACCACAACGGGCAGUCGCAGACGAGCUUCGAGCCUUCGCCAAACUCUCUGCUGUAAAGACAAUGAGCGAAGGAGCGCUUGUGAAAUGUGGCACCUUGGGUGCAGCUUCCAAGGGUGACACUAGUUCGGAAGCGAAGCGAGUGGCACCCAAACGCCAGUCUGACCCCAGUAUUCGGUCCGUCGCAUGUGAACAGGAAGAGAGACUCUGCCCUGCGCGGAAGGCCGAGGCAAACUCGGUUCCGUCUUUGGUGUCAGCGCUUAGCGUUCCGACCAUGCAACCGACAAAAAGUCAUGCGGCGGGAGCUCUGAACACACGUUCGGCAAGCAGCCCUGUUCCAGGGUCUCUGCACUUUACCCACAGCUCACUGGAGCAUGCGGGCAGUGUCCAGUACCCCCCCAUCCUGGUCACCAAUAGCCAGGGUGCCUCAGUUGCAUACGGUGAGCCUUUCCCCAAGUAUGAUUCUGUGGUAAGUGACCACGGCUACUAUUCCAUGCUCAGUGACUUUUCCACCAUCAGCCUCCAAGACAGUUUCUGCAGUCUGGAGCAGCCAGAACCCGUAGGGGUCAGCGGGGGCUAUCCCGGCAGAGCCCCCAGCAUGUGCCCGGAACCCAGCCGAAGCCAUUCGUCAGAUUCCUUCUCGUCUUACAGCGGAGAGAUGUACCUCAACUCAAUGGAGGGGAGCCUGGAUGACAGCAUGAAAGGGCCACAGACGCAACCUUCUGCGCAAACGCGCCUUCAAGCCUUUGCUCACGGUUUCCAUCACGAGGGCUUGACGCGUGUGCAGAGCUACGGUACGGAUGAACCCAAACCAGGACCUCGCAAACAGACGUCGGCUCACCUGGCACCCCACUCCCAGCAUCCAGUUGUCGGAGCCCGAUCUAGCUGCCCUGGAGACUACCCUCCGCUUUCUCAGAACGUGUUGCCUUCAGCCAGCCCUGCACAACCGGGACGCUCUUUAGGCAUGACGCGCAUGGACAGCAUCUCGGACUCACGACUCUACGAGAGCAACCCGCUGCGGCAACGCAGACCACCUCUUUGCAGAGAGCAGCAUGCUAGCUGGGACCCUCUGCCAUACAGUAACGAACCGUACGGUUACGGAGGUUACGGUUUAACAGGAGGCCUUAUGCCUUGCUGCGAGAGGGUGAUGGUCCGCAGCAUGCCAGAGAAGAUGGAACAGAUAUGGAGGUCCCCAUGGGAUAGCUUGCCACCUUUUACGUCCGCCUCUCGUGGGCUAAUGGGGGACCCCCAAGAGCGGCACCCUAUUCCAGAACACCAGUUUCAAACGUACCGAAAUCUCUGUAACAUCUUCCCUGCAUAUGUGGUCCAUUCAGUCAUGGAGAAGAACCCUCACAUGACCGAUCCCCAGCAGCUGGCUGCCGUCAUAGUCACUAAACUACGUUCGUGCCACUAAGCACAUCACGAAAGGCUGCUAACGAAAACACAGAAUAUACUUAUAGAUAGGUGAAUGAGAAAUGCUUUGAAUGCCUUGGGUCGUUUGGUUUAGGUCUGAACAACCAGCUAUCUCCAAUACUUAAAGGAGUAGUUCACCAAAAUAA